ACUGUGUCAUGUCGACGGGCAGUGUGCGCCAUCUUGAAGCGAAACCAAAUCACGGGCAGAUCCCGCUCGCCUCCGCUCGCUCUCAUUCCGCGCUCGUUCACACCGUCCGCCCGGCUGAGCUCGAGGAUAAGCCGCACUGAAGGCUCGAGGCACAGGCACAGGCGAUGAUGGCAGGGGUUGGUGGAGGCAAUGAUUUCCAGUGGUGCUUCUCCCAGGUCAAAGGAGCCAUAGAUGAAGAUGUUGCAGAAGCGGACAUUAUCUCAACCGUUGAAUUUAACUAUUCUGGGGAGUUACUAGCCACAGGAGACAAAGGGGGAAGAGUCGUCAUAUUUCAGCGAGAACAGGAGAGUAAAAACCGCCCAUCCUCAAGAGGGGAAUACAACGUGUACAGCACUUUUCAAAGUCACGAGCCUGAGUUUGAUUACUUGAAAAGUUUAGAAAUCGAGGAGAAGAUCAAUAAAAUCAGAUGGCUCCCGCAACAGAACGCUGCACACUUUCUUCUGUCUGCAAACGACAAAACCAUCAAACUAUGGAAGAUCAGCGAAAGGGACAAACGAGCAGAAGGAUACAAUCUUAAAGACGAAGACGGACGACUGCGAGAUCCAUUUCGAAUCACAACACUACGGGUUCCUGUGCUGAUGCCGAUGGACUUGAUGGUGGAAGCAAGCCCACGCAGAAUAUUUGCAAAUGCACAUACAUAUCACAUCAAUUCCAUUUCAGUAAAUAGUGAUUAUGAAACAUACCUUUCUGCAGACGACCUCAGAAUAAACCUCUGGCAUUUAGAAAUCACAGAUAGAAGUUUUAACAUUGUAGAUAUAAAACCAGCCAAUAUGGAGGAGCUGACGGAAGUGAUAACAGCGGCCGAGUGUCACCCACACCAGUGUAACGUCUUUGUAUACAGCAGUAGUAAAGGAACCAUCCGCCUGUGUGAUAUGAGGGCCGCCGCGCUCUGCGAUAGACAUAGCAAAUUUUUUGAGGAGCCGGAAGAUCCCAGCAGCCGGUCGUUCUUCUCAGAAAUCAUCUCCUCCAUAUCUGACGUCAAGUUCAGCCACAGCGGUCGAUACAUGAUGACCCGCGAUUACCUCUCCGUUAAGGUCUGGGACCUGAAUAUGGAGAAUCGGCCCGUAGAGACCUACCAGGUACACGAGUACCUACGUAGCAAGUUGUGCUCGCUCUACGAGAACGACUGCAUUUUCGACAAGUUUGAGUGCUGUUGGAACGGUUCAGAUAGUGCCAUUAUGACGGGUUCCUACAACAACUUCUUUAGGAUGUUCGACAGGAACACGCGCAGGGACAUCACACUGGAGGCGUCGAGGGAGAACAGUAAACCCCGUGCCAUGCUCAAACCCCGCAAGGUGUGCACCGGCGGCAAACGGAAGAAAGACGAAAUCAGCGUGGACAGCCUGGACUUCAACAAGAAGAUCCUACACACCGCCUGGCACCCGAAAGAAAACGUCAUAGCUGUGGCCGCCACCAACAACCUGUAUAUAUUCCAGGACAAACUUAAUUAAAAAAAAAGAGAAAGAAAGAGAAUGAUUUAAAAACCAAGAAGAAACAAAAAUCAAGAAAAAGAAACAUCCCCUCCUCCCCGUUUUUCCCCCCCCGCGCGCAGGUCGGAGGAUGCUCAAGAAAUCUCGUACUUUGCAAUGAUAAGCCUAGUUGUUAAAUCCGUAAGAGAAUUAUGGCCCUGUUGUCAUCCCGACAAAGAAGCGAAGCACUUGUGUUUUUUCACACAUAAACCAGGAAGCUGAGAGACAUACCGUAUAUUUUGGAAAAAAGGCGUCUGUAAUUCACGACGACCCUAAAACAAAAAAACAAGGAGAAGGCCGAUAUCAACCAACCCUCCAGCCACACCAAUCGACAUUGAGGCUAGACCCACUUCCCAAAAGUCAUACAUGUAUUCGUCUUUCGGCUGAGCCUUACGUUUUUAUGAUUUGAUGACCAAAACGCUCCAGGAUGAGUAACGUCUCGCUGUCAAUCGUAUGUACUCGCUGUUUUCGAAAUUCAGGCCUUCAUGAGCGUUUGUUUAAUGCCUGUUAACAUUCCUUCCCCUGGCCCGACUCUCAGGCCUUGAUGUUCUACCUUUUAAGCACUUAAAAACAGGUCUCCAUUUUGGUCAGUGGACAGUUCUGUUUCUUUUUCCGUUUCUUUCGGUUUUAUUUUUGUUCUGUUUUUAUUUUAUACUUCUUUUUUCUUGUUUUCUCAUGCAUAAUAAUAUCUACUCACUGACUGUAUCUAUAUAUUACACCAUCUGGUGUCAAACCACUUAAUAAAAGUAACAUAACUACAAAGAGAAAGCGUUUUUACAUUAUGAGCAGGUAUGUAUGAUUUUUUUUUUUACGUUCUAUAUUUGCAUGUAAUCUGCAUAUGUAGAUCUGGAGCGCCAGUGGUUAAAAUGUGAAAUCAUCCUGCUGAACCCGUAUCGGCAGCAUUAUUGGGGAAUUCGACCCAAAAACUGUUGAAAUGACUUUAAACGACCUGAUUUUUAAUUUUAUGAACACAGCACUUGCAAACCAAACGUAAUUCCCUUAUAAUGUUCUGGUUGGGAAGCAAAUCUCCGUAUUGUACUACUUGAAUUUGCAGUUGCACUGUUUGAUUGAGGACAUUGGCCAUGAUAAGCAUCAGUAUUGCCGUCUGUUUCGCUGUUUUGAUAUUACGUUUUUCUUUUUUUACUUCGUAAAGGGAUUCUACCGCCUUAAGUCUGUAUGUCCUAUAAUAACAAUAGAUGAACUCAACAUCCCGUCGCCCAUAUGACGCCCGGCUACCUUCUACAUGCAUUAUCUUUUUUUAAUUUUAGCACUCCGUUUGUCCGUUCAUGUGCUGCUACGGUUUGUGCGGCUUAGUAUUUGGACACUAAUAUAUGAGAUAUCGUACGGUCGGUGACGGCCGUCGCCGAACACUCAAAUCGAACCCGACGUGUUCAGUGCCUCGAGACAAAACUGGCUUUCCUCCAGUCAAUCAAAGUUAACGGAUCACAUCCUGAUGUCGAGAUGGAGAAAUACGGAUUUAUUUCGCAUCAGGAUGCGGUUGACAACAUACAGUUUGUGUGCUGCUGAAUUUUGACAUGCGGCUGCGAAACUGAUGUCAAAAUGACAAACGUAACUUAACGGUUGACAAGUACAAAGUUGUUGUUCUAGCUGAUUGUGACGCUCUUAAAUCUGGGAACUGACAGGUCGGAUACGUACUCACAGACCUUGUUCCUUGUUAAAUGAUGAUGAUGCUAACAUUGUGAAAGUGUACACUUGUUUGAUUAUUUUUGACCAAAGUUAAAUAAAAUUUUAAUUGUGUUUAUCUGAA